AUGCCAGCAUCCAUAGCACCGCCAGUAGAAGCAGCAGCAGCAGCAGCAGCACCACCACCACCACCACCACCACGUGCCCCAGCAGCAGCAAAGUACCAGCAACAACAGCAGCAGCAGCAGCAACAGCAGCAGCAGCACCAGCGGCAACAGCAGCAUCAACAGCAGCAGCAGCAACAGCAGCAGCAGCAGCAGCAGCAGCAGCAGCAGCAGACCUGCAUGCCAGUCCCUAUGUCUCCCUCUAUAAGCAGCUCUAGCUGCGGCUGCGACCAGCAACAACAGCAGCAGCAGCAACAGCAGCAGCAGCAGCAACAACAACAACAGCACCAGCAGCAACAGCAGCAGCAGCAGCAGCAGCAGCAGCAACAGUAUAUAGAAGUCAGGCUAUCGGCAUCUGAGCUGCUUCGCCCCCUUUCAGCCUUCAGGGUUUUCUAG